CUCCCCGCGCGGCCACACCCGCACCUCCCGGCCUAUCCCAGCCCGCAGCGGACCGCGGAGCGGCGCGGCAGAGGAUCAUGGCGGCCGACGCGGUGGCUUCUCGCCUGGCGCGGCAGGAGCAGGACAUCCGCUGGCUGACCGCGGAGAUCGGCCGCCUGAAGGAGCAGCAACAGCAGCCGGAGCCCGAGCUGGAGCCGGGGCCCGGGCCCUGGCCAGGCUGGGCCGGCAGCCCCAGUGCGGAGCUCGAGCGCCUGCGGGGCGAGAACGAGAAGCUGCGCUACCGGUUGCAGCACCUGCGGCGCAGCCUGGAGGCCGAGCUGAGCCGGCAGCCCGAGCAGCCCCGAAAGCCCGCCCGAGCCCGAGCGCAGCUUUCUUCCAUCACAAACCAAAAAGAUGUUCAAAAUAAAAAGGAGAAGAAAAAAGAAAAUGAAAUUGUAAAUGCCUUAAAGAGUGAGUUAUGUAGUGGGCCAAACUUCAUAGAAGAUAGACUGAUGCUUUAUGAAACAUUGAAGAGAGAGCAUGACACCUUGCUUGCCCAUAGAGCAGCAAACGAGAGCAAAUUGAUCAAAAUAAUGCUGAUUGAUGGAAAAAUAGUUGAAGGGGAGUCUUGGAAAACAACACCAUAUCAAGUGGCUGCUGGAAUUAGUCAAGGACUGGCUGAUAACACAAUAAUAGCCAAAGUGAAUGAUGAAUUGUGGGAUUUGGAUCGUCCAUUGGAAGAAGAUUCUACUUUAGAAUUACUUAAGUUUGAUAAUGAAGAAGCUCAGGCUGUAUAUUGGCAUUCUAGUGCUCAUAUUCUUGGAGAAGCUAUGGAAAGUUAUUAUGGAGGCUACUUGUGUUAUGGCCCACCUAUUGAAAAUGGAUUUUACUAUGAUAUGUUCAUUGAAGACAGAGGAGUAUCCAGUACAGAAUUCCCAACAUUAGAGAACUUGUGCAAAACAAUCAUGAAAGAGAAGCAACCUUUUGAAAGAUUAGAAAUCAGCAAAGAAAUUCUUCUGAACAUGUUUAAGUAUAAUAAGUUUAAAUGCCGAAUCCUGAAUGAGAAGGUUGAUACCCCAACUACAACAGUAUACAGGUGUGGUCCAUUGAUUGACCUUUGCAGAGGUCCACAUGUAAGGCAUACUGGAAAAAUUAAAGCCAUAAAAAUACUUAAGAAUUCUUCAACCUAUUGGGAAGGAAAGCCUGAUAUGGAGACUUUGCAGAGAAUUUAUGGAAUAUCUUUUCCUGAUAACAAAAUGAUGAAAACCUGGGAAAAGUUCCAAGAGGAGGCAAAAAACAGAGAUCACAGGAAAAUUGGAAAGGAACAGGAACUUUUCUUUUUCCAUGAUCUGAGUCCAGGAAGCUGUUUUUUCCUUCCAAGAGGAGCUUUUAUCUAUAAUGCACUCAUGGAUUUUAUAAAAGAGGAAUAUCAUCGGCGUAAUUUUACAGAAGUGAUGUCUCCUAAUAUCUACAAUUGUAAACUCUGGGAAACAUCAGGACAUUGGCAGCAUUACAGCGAAAACAUGUUUUCUUUUGAUGUUGAGAAGGAGACGUUUGCACUUAAACCCAUGAAUUGUCCAGGGCAUUGUCUGAUGUUUGCUCAUCGUCCACGUUCCUGGAGGGAAAUGCCUGUCAGACUAGCUGAUUUUGGAGUUCUUCAUCGGAAUGAGCUGUCUGGAACUUUAAGUGGUUUAACACGUGUCAGACGAUUCCAGCAGGAUGAUGCACACAUCUUUUGCAUGAUGGAGCAAAUUGAAGAAGAAAUGAAGGGAUGCUUAGAGUUUUUACAAUCAAUUUAUACAGUAUUUGGAUUUUCCUUUCAAUUAAAUCUUUCUACACGGCCUGAAAACUUCCUAGGAGAAAUUGAGAUAUGGGACCAAGCUGAAAAGCAACUUCAAAACAGCUUGCAGGAAUUUGGAGAGCCAUGGAAAUUAAACCCAGGAGAUGGAGCAUUUUAUGGGCCUAAAAUUGACAUAAAAAUCAAAGAUGCCAUUGGGAGGUACCACCAAUGUGCUACUAUUCAGCUUGAUUUUCAACUACCCAUCAGAUUUAACCUUACAUAUGUUAGCAAGGAUGGUGAUGAUAAAGCAAGACCAGUGAUAAUUCACCGAGCUAUUUUGGGAUCAGUAGAAAGAAUGAUUGCCAUUCUUUCAGAAAACUAUGGAGGAAAAUGGCCUUUCUGGCUGUCUCCACAUCAAGUAAUGGUAAUCCCUGUAGGGCCAACUUGUGAAGACUAUGCACUACAGAUAUCGAAGGAAUUUUUUGAAGCUGGAUUCAUGGCUGAUGUUGAUCUAGAUCAAAGCUGCACAUUAAAUAAGAAAAUACGAAAUGCACAAUUGGCUCAGUAUAAUUUUAUUUUCGUGGUUGGAGAAAAAGAAAAAAUAAAUAAUGCUGUAAAUGUUCGAACAAGAGAUAAUAAAAUUCAUGGAGAGGCUUCAGUAGUUUCCACCAUUAAUAAAUUGAAGAAACUAAAGGAGUCGCGUACAUUAAAUGCAGAGGAAGAAUUUUGAAGUUCCUGUGUUCUACUGGCCAAGCCUUAAGACACUUUCUAAGACUUGAAGAUGGAAUUCCUUUCCUUAGCUUCUUAAAAUUUUACUUAUUGCCAGAACUUUGGACUUACCCACAACAACAAGACGUUGGCAGAAGGGAAAAUGUUGUAUGAUUUAAAUUUCAAUACCUACUAUUCUGAAACAAAAGUAAAUUAUGCAGGUGGUUUAGUUAGCAAUAAAAGAAGACAAUUUAGGGAAAUUUUCAAAGAAAAAUAAUGCCUUGGUGUGUGUUUGUUAGAAGAAGGAAUUCAUUUCAUUGAAAAGAAGGAAAAUAAUGGCAAAUACAGUGAUUUAGUGAUGUUAUUACUAAGGGUUAUUUAAACUUUUCAAAAGACAGAUGAAUUUAAAAGCCUGUGAAGUUCUGGGAUAUGCAAUGACAAUCUAAUUUUAUUUUGAAAUGAUAUUAUUAUGUCAAAUAUUUUAUGGUUAUUGAACUAUGUGGAAAACUUUUUCUUCAGAAUUCAGCAAAUAAUUCACACAGCAAAUACUUUGGACUUUUUCUUGUAGAUAUUCUAUACAAAAUUUUUAAAAAAUGGAAUCUGAAUGACUCUUGGAUUUCCCAUUAUUUACUUUAAAUAACAGAAAACUUCAGAGUAACGUGUAUGCAGGAAGAUAUAUUGUUACUCUCCAUAUUGCAUAUAUUAGAGAUUUGUUUUUUUAAGAAAAACUCCCUUUUUUAAGAAAAAUGAAAAUAAAAUGGCAUUACAUUUAAAUUACUUUAUUAAACACCCUAGUAAAUGCUCCAAAAAAGCAUUUUCUCAAUCAAAUUAUCUUUGAUUAAAUGACAGUCAGCUUAUAAUUUUCUUUUUCAAUAAAUCUAUAGAAAAAUAAACUGAUUUCAGGAUAUAUUGAAGAGGAUAUGUCUACAAUUCUACAAGUGGGAUACCAAAAAAAAAAAAAGGAAGACAUUCUCUCCCACAAAAA